AUGAGUGUCAGUAUCACCUUCUUAAGACCUUUUGCCAGAGUUUUAGUGCCAUUUACCCUUCAUAGGAAGAGAAGGGUUUUAUAUUCAACAGUUCUGCAGAGAUACAUGUCUUCCAAAAUACCAGCUGCAUCCUAUCCUAAUAAGGAGAGUACACCACCUCCUGAAGAGCUGGAGUUGGAUAGGUGGAAAAUUACAAUGAAAUCUAGUGUGCAAGAAGAGGAUGUUUCAACAGUCUCAAGUAGCGAGGAUGAAGAUCCUCUAGCUGCCACCAGGGAGUUAGUUGAGAUGUGGAGGUUGCUUGGCAAAGAAGUACCGGAACACUUCAGUGAAGAAGAGCUCAAAACGCUUAUGGAAUGUGUUUCUAAGUCAUCAAAAAGAAAAUAUUUAAAAUACUUAUAUAUUAAGGAAAAAAUGAAAAAAGCCAGACAAAUAAAAAAGGAAAUGAAAAAAGCCGAAAAACAAGAAGUUAAAAAAGAGCAGCUACCAGAAACCAUUAAGGAAGAUAAACAGCAAAACUUUCUAUUUCUACGACUUUGGGAUAGGAAUGUGGACACUGCAAUGGGCUGGAAAGGGGCCCAGGCCAUGCAGUUUGGACAGCCUUUGGUUUUUGACAUGGCUUAUGAUGACUAUAUGAAACCACAAGAAUUGCAGAAUGCUGUUUCCCAACUUUUAGAAAGUGAAGGAUGUAACAGAAGAAAUAUUGAUCCUUUCCAUAUUUACUUCUGCAAUCUUAAAACAGACGGUGCCUACUAUAAAGAGUUAGUUAAACGUUAUGGAGAAAAAUGGAACAAAUUGCUUUUAACAGCAACAGAAAAGUCUCAUGUAGAUUUGUUUCCAAAAGAUAGUAUUAUAUAUUUAACUGCAGAUUCUCCCAAUGUUAUGACUACUUUCAAACAUGACAAAAUUUAUAUAGUGGGGUCAUUUGUUGAUAAGAAUAUGCAGCCAGGCACAUCCCUAGCCAAAGCAAAACGGCUGAAGCUGGCAACAGAAUGCCUUCCAUUAGAUAAAUACCUGCAGUGGGACACUGGUACCAAAAAUCUCACUUUAGAUCAAAUGAUACGUAUUUUGUUAUGUCUGAAAAAUACUGGUAGCUGGGAAGAGGCUCUGAAGUUUGUUCCUAGGAGAAAACAUGCUGGUUAUCUGGAGAUUUCUCAGCAUUCUCAAGAGUUUCUCAACAGAAUGAAGAAAUCAAAGACUUUUAAUUCAUUUCCAAGAGGCUCUAUAAAUAGACACAGAAAAAGCAGCUUGAAGGAGAACAUUUGA